AUCCAGACGUUGGAACUGGACUUGUUGGAGCACCAGCUUGUGGUGAUGUUAUGAAACUUCAAAUUCGUGUUGACGAACAGAGUGGCAAGAUCGUUGAUGUUAAAUUCAAAACAUUUGGAUGUGGUUCUGCCAUUGCUUCGUCAAGCUAUAUGACUGAACGAGUGAGAGGCAUGUCUCUGGAAGAAGCCAGUCAAAUUAGAAAUACUGAGAUUGCAAAGGAAUUAUUGCUCGCAGAGGACGCCAUUAAAUCUGCAAUCAAAGACUAUAAAACAAAGCGUGCAUCAACAUCAACGGCACCGUCAGUUAAUCUCUCAUCUCAACAAGCCGCU